CAACCACAUCUUAGUCAAGCGGUCCUAAGAAGGUUGUCGAGUCAUAUCUCAACUUUGUCAUUUCAAAUUCCACCCUACCACUUCCAUACUGAUGCACUCGACAUGGCUGGAUCUCGAAAAACAAGAUUCGUUACUGGUCCUUACUCUUCUCGGCGUUCACGAUUGGCUCGUACCAAUAGGCGUCAAAAGUUUUCUCCACAGCGCAAGCUUGAGGUCGCCAGAGUCAGAAAGUUGGGUGCAUGUGACCUUUGUCGCCGCAGGAAAACUAGGUGCAUCCACGCUCUGAUGCUAGUACCCGCCAAUGACAUUGGGUCUAAGUCCAGUGCUGAGGAGAAAGAAGCCAGUUCAUUACUGGAGGCUGAUCCGAACAUAAUCGCUGGAGCAGUUUCUUCCACUAUCGCUGCUGGAGAUCUCUAUCCUGGAUACAUUGAGCCAACUCGUGGUGAAGAUGUUGCUGGCUCUACUGGCCGGAUCUUGAUGACGCAAUUUCUCUCUCCCUCAGGUCAUCUAGAUGAAGAUCGGAUUUCUCCCUCACCAAUUCUUGGUGCUGUUCCUCCCACAACUUCCUAUCAGAUCGACGUUGUCGCGGAAGAGCUGCCACUGGCUGGGGCUUGGGAAGGAAUGUACCAAGUGGAAGACGACCUUUGGAACAUGUCACCACCCCACGAG